UUAGACCUCCCUCUUACAUUCUCAUAAACAACAAAAAAGUGGUACACCUUGUUGCCCUAAAGAGAAGAGAAUUUGGGUUUCUUUUUGGUUUACUAAUAAAAAUAUUGCAGUAAUGGGGAGAGGGAAAGUGGAGUUGAAGAGGAUCGAGAACAAGAUAAACCGACAAGUAACUUUUGCCAAGAGGAGGAAUGGGUUGCUGAAAAAGGCUUACGAGCUCUCGAUUCUCUGCGAUGCCGAGGUUGCUCUCAUCAUCUUCUCCAAUCGUGGCAAGCUCUAUGAGUUUUGCAGCACUUCUAGCAUGGCUAAGAUACUUGAGAAGUACAACAGCUACACCUAUGGAGCAUUGGAACCUGGUCAAUCAGAAAUUGACUCUCAGAGCAAGUACCAGGAGUAUCUGAAGCUGAAAGCAAAGGUUGAGGCCCUUCAGCAUUUACAGAGACAUUGUCAUGGUGAGAAUUUAGGUGACUUGGGCACCAAGGAACUGGAGCAGAUUGAGCACCAGUUGGACUUCUCAUUGAGGAAAAUCAGGUCUAGAAAGAUGCAGACGAUGAUCGACCAACUUUCCGAACUGCAAACAAAGGAAGAAGCCCUACUGGAAACCAACCGAAACUUGAGAAGGAAGCUGGAGGGAAGUAGUUCAGUGUUUCCAUCGACGUGGGAAACCGGGGAGCAAAGCGUUCCAUACAACCAUCCGCAGCCAGUGCCGCCACCGCCGCAGUCGGAUGGAUUUUUCGAGCUGCAAAUGGGUUAUAAUCCUAGUACUAUAACAGAUGAGGAUACUGCUACAGGCUCUGCAGUUGCACCCAGUGGGUUCAUCCCUGGUUGGAUGCUUUGAUUGUUUGAGGUUUAAUUAAAUGGAUUCUAUAUUUUCUCACAUGAAGUGAUUAGAAAUCAAGAAACCGAGACUAGUUUCUGCA